AUGCGAGGGGUUGUCGAUCCCACCACGACGAAGCGGUAUCUCCCUUCACGCAUCAAAAAAGAGAUUGAAAUGGGAAUUGCUUCAUUGAGCGAGGAGAAAGAGGUAGUGUUUGAAAGUCCGGUUCGGUCCGGUUUUUUGAUGCCCAGGGGCGUUAACCGUAACCGUAACCGGUCUGCCUUUUCCCCAGAAGUCAAAAGACCAGACCGGACCGCAAAAAGACCGCAGACCGCGGUUUUUUGCGGUCUAUAG